CCGCCCUCAACGGGAGCGGAGCGAGCCUACUCUCCUGGCUUGGGGGUCAGCGGGGGACGGCGCCGCUGCUGCUACCUCCACCGCGAGCAGCAGCUGGAAACAUGGUGGGCCGGAGUGGCGCGAUCGCCGCCGGCGUGUGCGGGGCCCUCUUCAUCGGCUACUGUAUUUACUUUGACCGCAAGAGACGGAGCGACCCCAACUUCAAGAACAGGCUCCGAGAGCGAAGAAAGAAACAGAAGCUUGCUAAAGAGAGAGCUGGGCUUUCCAAGUUACCUGACCUUAAAGAUGCAGAAGCUGUUCAGAAGUUCUUUCUUGAAGAAAUACAGCUUGGUGAGGAGUUACUAGCCCAAGGUGAAUAUGAAAAGGGUGUUGACCACUUGACAAAUGCCAUUGCGGUAUGUGGGCAGCCACAGCAGUUGUUGCAAGUUUUACAGCAGACUCUUCCAUCACCAGUGUUCCAGAUGCUUCUGACUAAGCUGCCAACAAUUAGCCAGAGAAUUGUGAGUGUACAGAGUUUGGCCGAAGAUGAUGUGGAAUGAGAAACAUGUCAACAUAAUAAAAUCUUAAUAAAAAAUUUUUAAAUAAUU